AAAAAAAGAGAAGCAAAUGAUACCAAGGCAAGCGCCUGACAGGGACCUCAUCGCCAGAUGUGUACGGAUGAAAAUACAGUGAGAUGAGUCAGAAAACGGGCAAGGAGGGUCCCAGGCUCUCCAAGAACCAGAAGUUUUCCGAGCACUUCAGCAUCCACUGCUGCCCGCCCUUCACCUUCCUCAACUCCAAGCGGGAGAUCGUGGACCGAAAGUACAGCAUCUGCAAGAGCGGCUGCUUCUACCAGAGGAAGGAGGAGGACUGGAUCUGCUGCGCCUGCCAGAAGACCAGAACCAGGCGCCGUCCAACGUCCCCUCAGAGGCCCAAGCACCAGCCAGCUGCACCCCCCGCGGUGGUCAGAGCACCGGCCAAGCCACGGUCCCCUCCGAGGUCUGAGCCACGGUCCCCUCCGAGGUCUGAGCGUCAGCCACGCCCCCGCCCAGAGGUCCGACCACCACCAGCCAAGCAGCGCCCCCCUCAGAAGUCCAAGCAGCAGCCGCGCAGCAGCCCCCAGAGAGGGCCAGGCACCAGCCGUGGGGGGUCCCCCGCCAAAGCUUCUAGGUUCUGGUAACACCAUCUCUUCCCUUUCGUUCCCCCAGCCCUAAGAUUGAAAAGGAGGAUCAAGCCAGCCCCACGGAAGAAGUAACCGAGGAGGUGUUUCAACUGAGUGGAUGGCCUCAGCUCCUGGACCCCCUGCUUCCUGAGCCCUGCGCCCUUGGGCGAGCUGUCCGGGUUCCAACAUGGCGCAGAGGCAGACGCCGGCUGAUGCCCAAGGUCUCCACGGCAUGGGGGCCGCCGGGCAGCCUGCCUGGAGCAUUUUGAAGAUAUCAUCCUAUUAUCUUCUGACCUCUGUAAUUGUCCGUGAGAAAUCUGCUGUCAUUCUACUUGCCUUCCAUUGACUCAAGUUUCUUCAGAAUGAAGACAUAUAUCUUUCUUCAGGGAUAUGCAAAAAAGAUACUGUACAACCAUCGUAAUGGCAAAAAGUAAAAAUUAUCAAGUGUUGGCAAGGAUGUGGGGGAAAUUCUCAUAAACUACUAAUGAGAAUUUGUAAACUAUUACAGCACCUUUGGCGUGAAGUCUGGGGAUCCUAGCAAAGCAGCAUACUGUAUAGACCAUGAUCAAACAAUGAUGAUUUUAGGCAUCCAUCCUAGAGAACACUCGUGUCCAUAGAAAAAGCAGAUACAUAUAAAUCUGUUUAGUGAAGCUGUUGGAAAAGAAAGAGGAAGACAGAGACAUAGAAAAAAAUUAAUCAAAAUAUCCAUCAAUAAAAGGAGGAAUGAAUCAAUAAUAGUAUAUUCAUAAAUAAAAUCCUAAACAGCAGUUAAAACAAGUGCAUCCUAUAUAUCUAUACCAGGUAAAUAAAUUUGGAAAACCAAAUAAAAGAUCAAAUGGCAGAUGGUAAGUGCACUAUGAUGCUGCAAAAAUUUGUACAACCUGCAAUACUUUAAUUGCCAAAUAAACAGAAACCAUAAGAUCUCACACUUUCUCUCUGAUGCAACAGAAUUCUUAAAAUGACAACAAAAUAAAAGGCUACCCAAGAAAUAUCAAUCCUUUUGGAAAUCAAAACGAUUUGAAAUAAUUCCUGGUUUGAAGAAAUAAUAGAAAUUAGAAGCUAUCUAGAAAUGGUCAACAACAUUAGCCCGACACAAAUGUUUUUGGAGAGCUAAUGGGUGACUAAGAAGCCUGGGGUCUCUCCAAGGUUACACGUCUCAGAAAACAAACCCAUCUGGUCUGAGUCACUUUUGGGUGUAGACUGUAUUGUGACUCCUGCAGGUUUCUGACAUGGGGAAAAAGGAGAAAAGUUAGAAUACCCCCCCUCUCCCAACCCUUCUUUAGGAAUAGGUAGGAAAACACAGAAGAUAAUAGAAUGUUGUAGAAUGUUGAGGGAUGUCAGGUAGAGGGGAACUCAGAGUAAAGGGGGCAUUCAGGGCAGGCCUGUGCUGGGAGCUUGGGUGGCCUGGCACGGGCAGGUGCCCGCAGCCCUACCGAGGCAAGGCUCUGUGUCCUUGAGCGAGCACAGCCAGACCCAGCCAAGUGUAAGUGGCAAGUAAGACUAUGAAGCCAAUGCCAGAGGAAGAAGCCUCAUUCAAGGUGUGUGGCUGGGGUGAGAAGAAACGCCGGAGAGUGGAGAGGAAGUGUACUAGACUCACAUGAGACACAGCUCAGAACACCAGCCCCCAGAAAGAGGACUUGAGCCAAGCGCUGUCCCACGGCAGCUGGAGGGCGAGGCCCGAGUGCCCUGGCUUCCUCACGUGGGGAGGCCGUCACUGUCUGUGGCAGUGGCAACAAAAAGGCAGGGGAAUUCAGAUACACAGAGCCUCCAGGUAGAAAUGUCUCCCCUGCCUCCAUUCAGGUGCUAAAUGAACAACAAAGUGAGAACCUCUACGUUGAACAAUUUCCAGCAACGAGUUAUCUGAGGCCAUUAACAUUCCUGGGAGUGACACCAGGGGCGCCAUGACAGACUCCUAGAGAGAAGAAACUAGUGGGCCAACCCCACUCAGACCCAGUAAGGAAGCUGAAUAUUUCUUCAGUCCACUUUAGAUUUGGGCAAAGGCAGACCUCAUACUCAGAGCUUGCUGGGCUCUGUCCUCCAUGUCAUCCAGAGACACACAGUUACUUAUGGCAGAGAGCAAAACGGGAGGAGAGAGCAGAGUGCGUAUUAAUUCAUGUAAAAAAUGGGGUGUCAGCACAGCACUGUUAAUAACUAGAAAUUACUGAAUUCUCCAUGUUUGUCUGUUGUGGAAUAAAACCCUCUGGAAAGUGGUAAAUAACUAAAUGUAAUGUGCCUCGGAUAUUAUAACUAAAACAUACUAUAAUCUAA